AACAUACCAUAAAAACCCAUAUUUCGACCUCCCAAGAAGAAGAAAAUAAACCCAUAUUCCUCCUUGUCUUCUUCAAAAUUUUCUGUGUUUGCUGUAUCAGCCAGAUCCAGAGAUCAGUGAAGGCAUUUUUUAGUAGAGAAGUGUGGAAUUCUCCGAUUAAUCAAAAUGGUUGUGCUUGCUGCUUCCAUUGUGAGCAAGUCUGGCAAAGUGCUUGUUUCUAGGCAGUUUGUGGACAUGACUCGUAUGAGGAUUGAAGGUCUUCUUGCAGCUUUUCCCAAAUUGAUUGGAACUGGGAAACAGCAUACCUUUGUCGAGACCGAAAAUGUGCGAUAUGUUUACCAGCCAAUAGAGAUGUUGUACUUGCUGCUUGUCACAACUAAACAGAGCAACAUUGUUGAAGAUUUGGAUACAUUGAGCCGGCUUUCCAAGCUUGUUCCUGAAUAUGCACUAUCUCUUGACGAAGAGGGAAUCUGCAAGACAGCUUUUGAGUUGAUUUUUGCAUUUGAUGAGAUAAUCUCCCUUGGACAUAAGGAAAAUGUCACAGUUGCACAAGUUAAGCAGUACUGUGAGAUGGAGAGUCAUGAAGAAAAAUUACACAAGCUUGUCCUUCAGAGCAAGAUCAAUGAAACCAAGGAUGUCAUGAAGCGCAAAGCUAGUGAGAUUGACAAGAGCAAGAUUGAAAAGAAUAGAGGUGAUAAAGGAGGAUUUAUGUCCUUACAGUCGAUGGGCUCUGGAAGGAUUGAGAGUAAAUUUAGUGAUAUGAGCAUUUCCAGCAGUGAAGGUGGUUUUGGCGGUGGUUCUGGUUUUGGAAUGACCACGGAUGUUGACUCCUUUUCCAUCAAAUCUAAAGGUCGUCAGCCUUCAUCUGCCACUGCUCCUCCUAAAGGUCUUGGCAUGAAGCUUGGUAAAAACCGAAGGGAAAACCAGUUCUUGGAAUCUUUGAAAGCAGAAGGUGAAGAUAUUGUCGAGGAAGUGCAACCGAGGGUAGGGCAAUCCAGAUCAGCUGCUACCUUACCACCAACUGAUCCCAUUACAUUAACUGUUGAGGAAAGAAUCAAUGUUACGCUGAAGCGGGAUGGUGGAUUGAGCAACUUUGAUGUUCAAGGGCAGUUGUCACUUCAGAUUCUUAACCAAGAAGAUGGGUUAAUCCAAGUUCAGAUUGAAACUGGAGGAAAUCCUGGCGUCGUUUUCAAGUCACACCCCAACAUGAAUAAAGAAUUAUUUGCAAAUGAAAAUAUUCUGGGCUUGAAAGAUCCUAACAGGCCGUUUCCCGCUGGAACUGGUGAUCCAGCAGGGGUCGGCCUUUUGAAGUGGAGAAUGCAAAGUGCUGAUGAGUCCAUUGUGCCAUUGACAAUCAACUGUUGGCCCUCUGUUUCUGGAAAUGAAACUUUUGUCAGCAUGGAAUAUGAAGCUUCAUCGAUGUUUGAUCUGCGAAAUGUUGUGAUCUCGAUACCUCUUCCCGCUCUACGUGAAGCUCCGAGUGUUGGAGAUAUUAAUGGAGAAUGGAGGUAUGACUCAAGAAAUUCUGUCCUCGAAUGGUCGAUUCUUCUCAUAGAUAAUUCUAACCGCAGUGGACAAAUGGAAUUCUCCGUGCCUCCAGCAGAUACCUCAGCAUUCUUCCCUAUCAAUGUUCGGUUUUCAGCGACUAGCACAUACAGUGAUCUAAAGGUUGUUAAUGUCCUGCCUCUGAAAGGUGGACCUUCCCCCAAGUUUGCUCAAAGGACACAACUGAUUACAGAGAAUUACCAAAUAGUCUGAAUGCUGUUUUUUUAGUUUCUUCCUCAAUUUUGUGAUUAUUGAUAUGACUCUAAUGUCGCAUUUCUAUUACUCAUAGUUUACGGAACUUGAUUGUGGGAUAUCGAUUCUAAUGUCGAUCACUCAUUGUGCUUAUAUCUAUAUACGCUGUUCAUGUCAUUGUGACAAUAACAUUUGGAAGACAGUAAAUUUUGGAACAUGGCAAUUGAUGUCAAAAGUUGAUCAA